UGACUUCCGCUCCGUUUUUCGACGACCAGGCUGACUGCAUCAGAUUCUGACUGUCGGACCGUUUGCGAUCGCAGCAACGUAUGCAUCAAUUCUGAAAAGUGCAAUAGAUGUGGAAAACACAACUGUAUAUGAAGUGCUCUUGAUGAAUACGGAAUAUAUAUUUCAGCAACUUGUCUAUGUUCAGUCAACUCUUCCAUCUGUUACGACGAAUGAAUAUAUACUCCGCGUGUUCCUCCAGCAUGGUCAAUUUUGCUAACCGUCGUUUCUGCGCUCAUGGGCAGAGUGAUAAUACUUCAGGAUCCACACACCGUAUAAUCCAUGGAAUGUACGGUUCGUUAAUGCCAGGUGUAGUGGGUAAGCUACGUUGCUGCGAUCGCAAACGGUCCGACAGUCAGAAUCUGAUGCAGUCAGCCUGGUCGUCGAAAAACGGAGCGGAAGUCACCGGGGUCAAAGUACACCAUUGCACGCGACUCAACAAAUUACGCCCACUCAGUCGCGCGUAUAAAAAUCGAGGUGUCGUUCUUUCCACUUGAUCCCCACCAGACUACUUCUUGAUCUAGCCUUUCCGUUUCUCGUCACAGUGCUUCUACCUGCACCAAAACAAUGGCUCAAGGUGGGAAGCAACCGGUGCAGUGGAUGGCGGCACCGCAGGCGAUCCAGGGCUGUCCGCCUGGACUGGAGUACCUGACUCAGGUGGACCAGCUGCUGGUCCACCAGCAGGUGGAGCUACUCGAGGUGGUGUCUCUCUGUCUGCAGGUGAUUCACAUUGAGCGUCCGUUGCGCUGCCAGGCCUGGUGCUGCUUCUGCUGUCUCCAGAAGAUUGAGGUCCAGAGUCCACCGGGGACAGUGGUGGGCUACGUGAAGCAGGACCUGAGUUUCAUCUACCCCUGGUUCACCAUCGAGAAUGCCGACGGCGAGCCGGUGCUCAAGAUCAAGGGGCCCUGCUGGACCUGCAAGUGGUGCGAAGUCGAGUUUGAGGUCCUCUCAGUGAAUGGAGAACAGCAGGUGGGGAAGAUCUCCAAGCAGUGGUCGGGGCUGGCCAAAGAGUACUUCACUGAUGCUGAUAACUUUGGUAUCCAAUUUCCAAUGGACCUGGACGUGAAGAUGAAGGCAGUCAUGAUUGGAGCUGUCUUUCUCAUUGACUUCAUGUUCUUUGAGAGGAGUGGGAACAACUAAAAGUAUGGGGAGAAAAACUUUAUUCUGUAUUUAGAGACCGUGCUAUAGCUAUGUUUCAGACAAAGUAUUGUAAUGUGUUUUUAUGGCAUGCUACACUUGUUUUUAUCACACACAUGCGGAGUUGAGGCAGGCCUUACUAUAUAUAUAGUUGGUAGUAGACAGACAAUGCAUAUUUUCGUGGUGACUGUGCUGGGACGGUGAUUACUUAGCUGGAGUUUCAGUGUCCCUGCCUCUCCAACUCUAUCCCAUGCUAGCUUUGUAAUUGUGCUUGCUUG